AUGCCGAACCCCGAAAACUAUACAGUUGGCUGGAUCUGCGCCAUAAGCACGGAGUAUGUAGCCGCAAGGGCUUUUCUUGACGAGAAGCAUGACGGACCCGAAUACGUAUCCCCGAAUGACAAUAACGAUUACACAUUGGGCACGUUUGGAAAACACAAUGUCGUUAUUGCCGUAUUGCCCGACGGCGAGUACGGCACGGCCUCCGCCGCAAUUGUUGCAAGAGACAUGCUGCAUAGCUUUCCCAAUAUCAGAAUUGGUCUAAUGGUGGGCAUCGGCGGCGGUGCGCCAAGCAUGAAGCAUGACAUCCGACUAGGCGAUGUUGUUGUCAGUGCUCCCCGCGAUGGAGAGGGUGGCGUAUUCCAAUACGACUUUGGCAAAACCAUACAAAAUCAAAGCUUCCAAUAUACACAGUUCUUGAACCAACCACCAAUCGUCCUGCGGACUGCGGUGAAUGGACUUAAAGCCUAG